CACAAUUUAAUUAUUAAUCUACAAGAAAUUAAUAGAAUGUACGAAAGAAGAAUACUGCGUGAUGGGUGUUAAAUAAAAAAUACAUGAUUUACAGGACCCAGGAUCAGUGGCCCGCGUCUUCCUGGAAACGGUUGCUAACAACAGAUACCGCAGCUAGGAGGCUGGCGAGUUUAACUCAUGCUAAACUUCUUAAUUGCAUAGAUAACUAACACCAAGAGAUUCGCAAGGAAGGAAAAAAGGAACGUGUUUGAUUCUCACCGGAGGAAAUCCUCUGGUGCUGAUAACAGACACCACAAUGGAGAACAGAGGGACAACAGCCAUGUAAUAAUUUCAGCGCCAUGCCACGUGGAAGGUCAGCAGUGAGCAUCCACUCCGACAGCAGCGAUGUGGACAUCGAUGCCGUUGCGGACUCGGAGAUGGCCAAACUCCUCAGGCAGUUCCGGAUCAUGGAGGGAGAUCGACAGGCGUAUGGUGUUCAGGCGCAGGAGCUGAUUCGGCGGCAGCGGCUGGAGAUCGAGAAGCUGCAGAAAGAGCAGCAGGACCUACAGCACAGCCUGCGUGCGUCGGAGAGCCUGUCCCAGCGGCAGCGAGAUACCGCUGCUGCGCAGGCCAUGCGCGGCCUGCUGGAACGCUGCGAUGGGGUGGAUGCACAGCUGGAGCAGGAGAGGCAGAGGCUGGCACAGAUGGAGCAAGAGGUUGUCAGUACUGAGAGGCAGCUAGCAGCCGUGAGGAGAUCAGGGAACUCUGCAGAUCCUCAGCUGAGAUCAAAGGCAUACCAGAAAGAGAAGGUCACACGGACCCUGGAGAACAAGCUGGACCGAGCCCUCGUCCGGUUCAAUGAGCAGCUGGCCAAAAAUACACAGCUGAGAGCAGAGCUGGAGACCCUACAUGUGGAGCGAAUCCGAUUCCAGCAGCUGCAGCGCAAGCUGGACAAGGAGCUGCGGGACAUCCACAGGGACAUAGGGGAGGUGAUCAACCAGUCCACCAAUGCCUAUGAUUCCAGGGUGGAGGCGCAGUCCAAGAUGGUCAUUCUGAAGGAGAAGGCGGUAAGGGAUCUGACCCAGUACAGCGCAGAGAUGAAGGAACUGGAGAGGAACAUGGCCCACGAGCAGGACUUGAAGGUCUUCAUGAGCACAAAGAGCAAUGAGAGGAACAUGCAGGAAGGAGGUCUGAGGCCUGGCCGUCGUCAAGGGUCAGAACCGCAGGAGCAAAGGCGGGCGGAUUCAAGGGAGCUGACCAUGGACUCUUUGGAGGAGAUGUUCCACAAGAUCCACAGUGUGACAGGAGAGGAGGAUCUGGAGCUACUGGUCACCAAGUUUAUCCAGGUCGAGGACCGCAACUUUGCCCUCUUCAAUUACAUCAACGAGCAAAACAAUGAGGUGGAAGCUCUGCGGGACCAGAUCGGCCAGGUUCAGCGGGAGAUGGAAGAGUUACAGGCAGAGGGGCGGAUGCAGGAAGCGAAACGCCACAGUCACAUGAGGGCCUUCGAGACAAAGCUGCGUGAAGCAGAAUCACAAGCACAGGCCUUUGAGAGCCAGGCCACAGCAGCCAGCAAGGUUCUGGACCAGCUCAAGACAGGGGUGUGCCAUCUCUUCCAUGAGCUUAACUGCGACCGUUCAGUGAUCGAUGACAUGCUGGGCUCCUCUGCCGGGAUCACGGACAACAACAUCAUGACGUACCUGACUAUGGUGGAACAGAAGACCAAUGAGCUCCUCACCAUUCAAGCCUUCCUCAGCUCCAAGGACAUCGAUAACGAAUUUGAUGCAAAAGAUGUGGCUCUGAUCCUGCUGGGUCAGGGUCCAGACAUGCCAUCCCAGAAUGUGCUGGUCCAACCCCCUAAUUCUGGGGAUGGUUAUGACACAGAAGAAUCUCUCUUGACUGAUGAAGAUGAACGACCUCUGACCCGCCAAGAGCUCCGCCAGCGAAUCAUGAAGGCAGUCCUGCGGAAGGACAGGGGCAUCUGUUUGGCCGUAGGGAAGGAAUCCAGAUCCUCGAGGACCGACUUGGUGUCCAGCAGUCAUCUGCGGUUUCAAGAGGCUGAUGUCACCAUCUCGCCCCCUCCUUGCUGAGACCAGGGUUUCCCCUCCCCACGAACCCACUGCAGAGUGCACCCAGGCCCCCCAGAGUCGUACCAUCCCAGAGCAGGUCCAGGAGACCAGAAGGCUUCAUUGCCAUCUGUCCAUUGAUCAUUAAUCUAUUACUUUUGGCAACUGUCACAUGACUUGAUUUGAUUCAUCAGACAUUUACUGAAAUGAGAAAAAGACAGAGGUUCCAUUAGCUCAUCAACAUUUGUUUAGCAAUCCAAGGUCAAAACAGACAAAUAAUACAACUAAGCCUUGGGCCAAUCAGAAUUCAGUGUGGUAAUUAUGUGUCCAAAUGUGAUAUAUUUCAACACUGCUGUUGUCAUGGUGAGGACACAGUUACUACCGUGUCUCAGUGAUGCGAGGCACACACUUCCCAUGUGUCCUUUAUAAAAUAAAUAGACAUGGCUGCACAUGUGGUGCAGUACUACUUCACAACACUAGGGGGAAAUAUAAUCCUUGCGUGAACAAAACCUGUAGCGUUACUGAAUGUUCAAUAGAUAGAUAGAUAGAUAGAUAGAUAGAUGACAUUUUACUACUCCAAAAGGAAAUUGUCAGAUUACAGGUGGACAACACAUUUACAUUUGUACAUUAAUAGUGACAAAACAUAAUAACAGUAAAGCAACAAUUAAAGUGUCGAAUACAAA